AUGUGACUAGCCUAACAAAUAUCAAAUCUCGAGUAUAAUAUCUACAAGCGAUGCUAAGAGUGUGAAGUGCAGAUAUGUGGUCAAUGCUGAGUAACGCGGCGUACAGUACGCUAAACAACACAGUACUGUACACCACCCUUACUUACAAUGUGGGUGCUUGGGCGCUCACUAGUCGGAAUUGGUACAAUUACAUAGACAGUCACGUGAUUUUGGGUGCUCUUCCUUUCUCAUUUCUAAAAGAGAAGCUUGUACAGGAGGAAAAUGUCGGGGCGAUUAUUUCUCUCAAUAUGCCGUACGAGCGUCAGUACGUGACUACACCGACAGAAGAAUGGCAGGAACUGGGCGUGGAGCACUUUAAAAUAGAUAUCCCCGAUUUCAUAUCAACUCCCACUGUCAGUCAAAUGUGGGAGGGAAUUGAGCUGAUAAAAGCUAAGGCGGAGCUAGGACAGAGAACAUAUGUUCAUUGUAAAGCAGGGAGGAGCAGAAGUGCUACAAUGGUUACAGCCUACGUCAUGCAGAAGUAUGGUAAGACAGUGGAGGAGGGAGUUAAGUUUGUCACUGAGAAACGACCUCACGUUAAGUACACUGAGCUACAGUUGCAAACAUUACACGACUUUGCGAACACUUUAUCACCGCCACCAAACGGUGACCCUCAGUGACAAUUUGAGGGAUUUGUAACUAAAUUAUUUGUAUGAUCCGAGAUUUUUUUCUUUUUCUCAUAGCCGUGUUUGUGAAAGCGAAUUU